AACUGAUGAGAGGAGAGCCCAAUACUUGGCUUUUUAGGGUUUCACUCCCUCUCUUUCUCAUCAGUCCCUCACUCCCUCCUCUCCGUCAUUCACCUCUCUCUCUCCUCUCCUCUUUCUCCGUCAUUUCCUAUCUCCUCUCCUCUUUCUCUGUUGGUUGUUGUUUUGGUGUUUUGGGCGGAGGUGUAACCGGCGGUGACGGAAUUCUUUCUCAAAAACCCACUCCAGUUCGACCAGGGUCCGAACCUGGUUAGCGUCGAUUGUGGCGACGUUGAGAACAACCAAGCCCAGGCCAUAAGCUUCUUCCUCUUUAGAUCUAAGUCGUUGAACGAACCGAUGCUAGGCACUUCUUUCCUUGUGUUCUGAUGGAACAAUUUCUGCAAAAGGUGCCAUAGAUUUGUGUGUCAAUCAAAUGAAGUGCGUUUUAAGCUCUCAACAACUUCCCGAGAAUGCUUCUGUUGAAAUUAUUGGGCGAGCAUACCAUGCAACAGAAACAUUUGUAGAGGGACUACUCUAUGCUAGAUCACUGCUUAAGAAACUUGUUGGGAGCAGUGACUUACCUGUUAGUUCUGAAAGAAGCAAGGAUGCAGAUGAUGGAUCAUCUGAAGCUGGAAGCUCUAGUGCUGGUAAUCAAAUUACAGAUGAACUAUCUGAGCUCUUGUCGCAAGCUGAUGCCUGGCUUCGACGUGCGGAAUUACUUCAGAGCCAUCUUGGAUCAGGAAUUGCUGUUUCUCUUGAUGAUAUUGCUGACCAGGAGUCUAUUCUUGUCUUCGUGACAGAUUGAUUGGGGAGGAACGUUAUAGCAUGGCUGUCUAUACUUGCAAAAAGUGCAAGGUGGAGCAUAUAAUAUCUACACAAGAGAGCUUAAAGACUCAACGUCUCGGACCACAAUGUUGGGAUAAAACUUGUUUUUAUUACAAUUAUGAUUUGUUUUUGCUCUUUUAUUAGUCUUAGUCUUAAGAAACUUGCGACAUUAUAUGAGCAAGUUGAUGUAUUUUGAAGUGAUAAUGAAUAUAUUUUUUCUUAUAGUA